AUGUCUACAACUUUUUCCACUAUUGCAACAAUAAGAUUAUAGCAGCUAUUUUGUGUUCGUUUUAAUAGACAUUUUCGCCAUCUGUUAUCACACAGGAUUGUUUUUAUGAAACUCAGUUGUUUUUAAAGUCCUUCCGAGUUUCCUGCAGACCUACUCCAGAUUUGGCAACAACCUAACUGGCGCAUUGUGUGUUUUUUACUAUUGUUUCACUAUCUGAUUUACAAUGAUAUAUUUCGACUAUUCUGGAGUACGUAACAGAUUUACUUGUAGGUUCAGCGUCAACAAUAAGAUGUCGGAUCGGUUUACGUAUGUAGGGAAGUUUAAAUUCGUCUGAAUGAAGUUUUGAUUUUGUAUAAUUCCUUGGCUCGUAAUACGUCUGGUUUCGUCCAAUUUCUUUGCGUUGUCAUAUGAAUAAACAUUUCACCGUUUUUUUUUCAACUACACUUAAUGUUCUUUGGUUAUCAUUAGUUAAUAGCUGUUUUUCCAGGAAGAUUUUAAUCGCUUUAAAGUAUGAUCCAUAUGGAUAUAAUGCGUUUUGAUGAUCUAUCAUUGUGAAGAUAUGCAAGUGAUACUACUUACGCAAUAUUUAGUAUAGUAUAGUAUAUUCUAACAACACUUCAGACUAUUUUUUUAUUCACUAUUCGAUUAUCUAUCUUUGUAAUUUUAACUUGAAUAGAUUCGCAGUACAGCAUUUUUUGAUAUAUCUCGCCAACUGCCUAGGAAAUAUUUUGUCAUCGUGUCCCUUAGUUGUCUUUAAUGUAUCGAUUGUCGAUAUUAGUCUUUGUUUGUCGUUUCGAAGCGCUUUGCAUGAUACACAAGGAGAAAUUUGUGAGAGCGUCCUUCUUCUUGGUAAUGUGUGUGGGACUUUAAGAAAUUGUGUAUUCGGCAUUAGUUUAUUUGUUCUACGUGCGUGUGGUGCAGUGGAGCAGUAAGAAUGAAGAAAAAGUACGCGGAAGACGAUUCGGAAAAUGAGUUUUCUGUUGACGAACCUGAAGAAUUAGAAGAAUCUGAUGACGACUGGACUCCGGCAGCAAGUGAGGCAAGGGGAGGACGGAGGCAAUCGUCAAGACGUGGACGUGCACCAGUCAGUGCAAAGAAACCCAGACUAGCUGAACCACGAACCAGUGAAGAUGAAGACGAGGAGGAGGAAGAGGAAGAACCAGAAGAAGGAGAUGAGGAAGAUGAAGAGGAAGGAGGAGAUGAGGAGGAAGAUGAAGAGGAGGAAAGUCAACCAGAGAGUGACGAAGAAAAUGAUAAAGCUAAAAAGAAGAAAGGCCGUGGAGGAAAUACUGCUGUGCGAGGUGGAAGAGGUCGUGGGAAAAAAAAUACUACCACGGCCAUACCACCAUGUGCUUUUGCAAAGGACAAGGGAGCUGAAACAGAUAUUUCCUCUACAACAGGAUCAGAAAAUGCAUUACCAACACCAGUGGAGAAAGAAUUCACUUCUGGAGCCUUUGUGGUGUUGAAGGCAGACUUCCAGAACCAGAAGGAUCCUCCUAUAUGGAAGAUAGAUGGAAAAGCCUUGUUGCAAAAAUAUGUUCCAUUUGAACAAGAUGGAAAAAUAAUGUACAGGAAUACUUCCACUUAUUCUGGUUGGUCUACAGUACUUAAAGAUAGAUACUAUCCUGCCCAAAUUGCUUUUAAGAUGCAGAACAGAAAGGAAACGGUAGUUGAAUUUCUCAGAGACAAGAUUAAAGUGGAAGAUAGUGAGUGAAAAUCCAUGGCAGAAUGGACAACGUGUCUUGGUGAAUCAGUUACUUUUUUAUGUAAAGCAUGUAAUUUGUGUAGCAAAAUUUUGUUCCUUUUUACAAAUGAGUUUGAAACACAUACCAUCUGGUAAUUGUUUCAUUUGGACAACUGUUGAGGUCUGUGUCAGUGUAGGUUUUGUGACUACAGUUAUACCUUUAAAACUCUAAUCUUUUCAUUGUGACUAAGUGAUUGUUAGAAUUCAAAGUUUCAGUAGUUUUAAGACAUUUUCAGUAAUUUUUCGCAUUUUUCCAAUGCAUGUCAUUUUAGAAACUCCAUGAAGAAAAUGUAAAUGUGACAUCAUCAUUAUAUCAGUAGCCUCUAUUUUAGUACAGUUUUACAAAAUUUUACAUUAUUUUUGGUCUCAUCAGUCAGUGGCAAUUACGUGAGAUGUAAUUGAUGAUUGUAAUCAAAGGUUUAAGUUCUUUUGCUUACUAUAAUACUACUAGUUGUAGAGACUGAGGGUGUAUACAGUUGUCUGCAAUCAGUGAUCAUUUCUUUGUUCAGUUGUGCUAUUCUGUAUGAUUUAAGAUGUUGAUUAUAUGCACUUAUUAUUAUUCAGACACUGAAUUUGACUGAAUUUAAAAAGAUAGUAAUUUAAGUUUGUCUUAUGUAAUUGAUUAUUAUUCCAUAGUUACAUUAUUGUCAAAUGCUAUUGUAAUAAACUUCUCUUUCUGUAA